AUGGCCACGGACAUGCAGAACUUGUCGUCUCAGGUGCCCGAGUGUCCCGUGUGGACAUGUGGUCCGAGUGGGCUGGCUGGGCCCAGCAGGGGUGCGGAUGCAGCCGCUGAGCUCAGCUCUGGGGUGGAAUCGGUGAAACUGGUGUUUGUGGAGGAUGCCAUGGUGGAGACCGUGUUCUUUCUGAGCUCUCGGAACAGCCUGCUGCGGCACUUCCCACGCACGCUUCUGGUGGACCGGCUGCCGGACCUGCUGGGCGUGCUGGAUCCGCUGGCCGUGUUGUGCGUGGACGGCGCAGGGCGCGCGCGCCAGACUGCCUGUUGCAUGGCGCGCCCGGGCACGCCAAGCCUGCUUCGCUCUUGUCGCUGCUGCGGCAGCGAGGUGCGCCAGCUGUUGCCAGGCGCGCUUGCGCAGAUCUGCCGCGCGCAAGGUGUUGAGACGCUCUUCAGCAAGGCGCAGGAGCUGACCCGGCCGCCAGGACACCGCCGGUGGUCGCGCCUCUGAGGCCUCGCAGGUACCGCCUCACCUGCCGCCUACACUGAGGCUCUGGCUGAGCUGUACUUUGAGCGCAACUCGGCACUCCGGCGCGACGAGUGGGUGCGCUUCCGCGCCUGCGAGGCGUCUGGCGAUCUGGACGCGUGCGCCCUGGUGCAUGGGCACAGCUGGCGGCUGCUGCGCCGCCUAAGCCCCUCGUGCGGCGUGGCGCAGUGUCUCCGCGAUCUGGUGGUUAUGCAGUGGGCUGACGUGGUGAGGUGGCACCUAGGCCCCGACUGCGGGGGGCCAUGGCUGGAGGCUGAGCCAGGGAGUGGUCUCGGAGCCGAGAAGGAGAAGGCAAGAAUCCCGGAGAUGGUGGAGCUGGGAAGCCCCCGGAGGCUGGAAAUCCAGAGUCGGAAGGUCACACACAUGGAGAAGGCCCUGGAGUGGCCCCCUGAGAACGGAGACCCCUGGGGACCCCCUUGGUGAGAGGAGGGGCGGAGGGACUGGGAGGUCACAGAGGAGAGGCUGAGGCUGGGGGUCAAAAGAAGCGGUGACCUGGAGGAGGACGUUGUGUUCCAGCUGGGGGACACGAGGGUGGCUGGAGGGGAGAACAGAGGAGAGGGGGUGCCCCGGAGGGCGGGCGCCCAGAGCAGAGCCUGGCCAGAGAUGCACGGGGGAGGAAGGAAAAAGUCCACCGGAGCCAGAGAGAAGGAGGAGAUGGACUGGAAGCCGCUGGCCCAGUUCUGCGCCGCCUGCGGGACGGAGAUGGCCGAGGAGCUGGCGCUCGCCAGGCAGCGCACCCGGGGCUACCACCGGACAGGGUCUGGCCUCGCUCUGAAGGACGGCAGCUCGGUCUUCUUCCUUGACCAGUCUCUGACUCGCUGCAGCUGCUCCACCCACGCGGCCCGCCAUCUCCCCUCAGACCUCCUCACUGGAGCAGCCUUAUUCCCUGUGGAUCUGCUCAGGGAUUGCUAG